AUGAGAGAGUGUGAAAGAUCUUCACUUUAAGGACAUAGCAAGGCAUGCAUUCCCAUCUAUCAUUGGCUUACCUCACUCUCACUCACUCUCUCUCUCUCUCUCUCUAACACACCUUUUCUCUCUCUAUGUUUGUUUUUUGAGCGCGUGUGUUUAUGUCUGCUUGCUUUACUGCUCUUGCCCUCUUCCAUGGCUUGGGUCAAGCUUCUGUAUCUUUCUGUCUUUCUCCAUGGUCACUUUCUUUCUCUCUCUAUUUUCUCUCUCCUCUGGCUGAUUACUUGGGAACUCUAAAACAGUGUCCCCUAUCACAGGGCUCCCAGUAGAAGCUGACUUUGAAGGGUUUCUUCUGUUCCCCUUUGGAUUGCUUGUCUCACUGUAGAUUUGAUUCACCAAAAGGCAUUGAGCUCGAGAGUUUCAAGUGCUUUAAUGGGCAUUAUUGCUUCCAGCUGCAACUUGUGGGGUCUUGCUUCAACCUCACUCCUCUGAGAUCUAGUGGAACUGUAGAUUUGUAGAUGGGGAUGGAGAUGGAGUUGGAUUUCGGGAAGACCUGCACUGUGGGUCACAGCCCUAAGACUGUUCUUCUUCCGUCUCAUCGGCAUCACCGCUCGAGCAUCAAGAAGAGGAAUUCCAAUUCAUCAAUAAAACCUGUCCUUAGAGAUGAUCUGCUGAACCUCAAUGAAGACUUUCUUGAGAUCGAUUUCAGCCGCUUCCGUAGUGUUUCGUGCAAGAGUGUACCUUCUAGGCCCUCAGGGAUCGAGGGCAAAGUAGAGCUGAAGCGAGCCUCAGUAUAUCGGACCUCAAGAGAGAUUCGGAGGACAAAGAAUAUGGGGACCACUGAGCGCAGAAAGAUUGAGAUGAGGAGUUCGGGGAUGGUUGAGGAGAGAAAGAAGAUUGAAAUCUCGAGGGGCAGUGACACUACUUCUUGCUUGAGUAUUGUAGAUUCUUUGUGCAGCUCAGAUGAGGGAAGCCCAAGGAAGCGAUCUUCGUCAGUGAUUUCUCUGAUGAGCUCCGAGGUUAGUAGAAACUCUCCUUCUGUUGAAGUUGCCGAAAGUUCGCAAAGAGAUUUGAAAGAGAAUGUUAAAUUUAGGUGUGAUGAGAUCGUCAGUCGCGUUAAUGAUGGUAAUGGAAUCCGAGAAAUGGAAGCAGUUCGCCCUUUCCCAAAAUCAUUAACAGCAAAGUUGCAAUUGCCCCAUUCACCUUCUAGCCUAGAGAGUGGAAGGGCGAGUUCAAAAGUUCGGUUCAGUCCCAUCAGAAAGAUGUUUGAUCCUCUAGUGAAGUCUAAGUCUCUUCGGAACCCCCCGGUUCAUGCCCGAGAAUAUAGGGAGCUUAGGACAAUCGAAAAGGUCAACAAGAUAACAGACAUAACAUCCCCUCCCAAUGAUGUUUCAAUUGCGGAAAAGAAUUGCGAAACUGAGACUCAAGCUCCAAAGACUAAUAGUGCAAAUUCAGCGGUAACAAAUUCUCCGAUUCACCUACACGGGAUCCUUAAACUGGGGGGAAAGGACAAUCAUGAGGACCCGUACUUUGACUUCUCAGUGAAGGGUUCGGAAGAUGUUUUUCUUGCCAAGACAUGGAAAGGGAAUGACAAGAGUAAUUCCUUCAAUUGUGUCUACACUUUUCAUUCAUUGAACAGUCGGAAAAGGAGUGUAGGACUGGGAUGGGAGUCUGCUGAGAAGUACUCAACAAUUGUGGGCCAGAUGCAAGUUUCGUGUUAUUUACAUUCGGAGUUGAAGAACAAUGGAGGAUUUCACAAUUCUUUGGUGAUGGAAUCUGUUCUCCACGAUAUUGCCCAAGCACGACGAAGCACAGCUCAAGAAAGAUCCAACUCUUUGCCCGGCAUUAGAUCUCCUCAAAGUUCAAGCUCUGGAUCAGUUGGGCAUGGAGAUUUUGGCUCAGUGGAUUCAAUUCCUUUGAAGUCGGGUGAUCCACAUUCAGACCUUGAGAUUGCAGCUGUUGUUAUCGAGGUUCCUUGCGAGAGAAGAGAGAGAUUUCUGUACAAUGGCCCUGAUGAAAAAGUCACUGUGGUAAUACAGAGUGGAAGUCACGGGCGGCCCGAGAGUGAUAGUUCUGGUCCUGGGCCAGGUCCAGGCCCAUCAUCAUUGUUGGAAAGGUGGAGAUCGGGCGGAGGCUGCGAUUGUGGUGGAUGGGACAUGGGCUGCCCGCUUACUGUUCUAGGCUGCCUAAGUGGCCGACCGCUCGAAGAUCAGAAAAUUAUGGAGAGGAUGAACCAGCGGCCAUUGGAACUAUAUGUUCAGGGAUCUAAAGAUGUGACCCCAGCGUUGUCCAUCACUUUCAUGGAAGAAGGACAUUACUCGGUCGAUUUCCACGCACAACUGUCCUCAUUACAGGCAUUCUCGAUCUGUGUUGCAAUGUUUCAUGGUGCUGAAGUCUCUGCCUCUUCAGGACAGAACAGUAGGGAGCUCUCACAGUGCAACUCCCUGAAGACGCUCAUUGAAGAGGAAGUGAAGAACCUAAUCGAAGCAGUUGCGGAGGACAAAGGUAUCCUGAAGAAGGUACAAGAUGUUCCGACCUCUUACCUGCUCAACCCGCCCUUCUCUCCGAUAGCUCGAGUGUAAGGCAAAAAGAAGUCACUUUCCGGGUAAAAGGAUGAGCAGCCUCUUCUUGGAACAGUCUUGGAUGGACGAUCAGAACAGAUAAAAAGAUACCAGAGAUGUGUGACGAGAACAACCCAAAGGUUUGGCUUGGUAAGCCACUCUACAGCUCAACUGGAUCAAAAUUAUGAGAGGCAUUUCCACCCAAAUCUGCCAUGAACGGAAGCUUUGAUGGUGGGGGCUGGGGGUGCGGGGGUCGGAGUUUCCAAGUGAUAUAGGAUGAUGCAAUAUGGGUCACCACAGAGGUGGUACCGGGAUUCUUUCUGUAACAUUUGAGUUUGUUUUUUACAGUUCCGGAUACACAUGUAGGGGAUGGGAAUGCUGCAAUGCUGUCAAUAGUAAGGGAGUAAAAACAGGGAUUACAAAAUGUUGUUGCUUAAUUAUUAUUCUGCAGUAUGUGCAAGAAAAAUUUAAACUGUUUGCACUUC